CAGCUCAGCGCAUGCAAACCAGCCUGUCCAAUCCCAAUGCUGUUUACUGGUAUCCUAGCAACCACCCCUCCGUUCUGCAGCCCACUAACAGCAGGGGCCCGGGAUUCAUCAUGCUUGUUCCAAUUUUUACUUUGAAAUUAAAUCACAAAAUCAAUCCGCGCAUGGUGUCAGUUGGGAGAUAUGAUGGAGUACACCCUUGUUUGACAGCUGCAACCCAAGCUGGAAAGGUUUUCAUCCAUAACCCCCAUUCUCGGAGCCAGCGGGUUUCAGCACAACGUUUGGUGCAGAGCAGCCAAGACUCAGAUGUGUCAUUGCUGAACAUUAACCAAAAUGUCAGCUGCUUGACAGCCGGAGUGUUUGACCCACGCGUGGGCUAUGAUUCCCUUAUAGUGGGAACUCAGACCAACCUUUUGGCCUAUGAUGUGCACAAUAACUCUGAUUUAUUCUAUAAGGAGAUCGUAGACGGAGCUAAUGCAGUGGUGCUUGGGAGCUUGGGAGACAUCACUUCACCACUUGCUGUCAUUGGAGGAAACUGUGCUUUGCAAGGAUUUGAUUGCAGUGGAAAUGAUCUGUUUUGGACGGUUACUGGAGAUAAUGUGCGCUCGUUAGCCCUUUGUGACUUUGAUGGAGAUGAGAAGAAGGAACUUCUUGUAGGAUCUGAAGACUUUGACAUCAGAGUGUUUAAAGAGGAUGAAAUUGUGGCUGAAAUGUCAGAAACUGAGACUAUUACAGCACUGUGUCCUAUGUAUGGCAGUCGCUUUGGAUAUGCCCUCUCCAAUGGAACUGUGGGAGUGUAUGACCGCACAGCUCGGUACUGGAGAAUAAAAUCAAAAAAUCUUGCAAUGAGUAUCCAUGCAUUUGACCUAAACUCUGAUGGAGUGUGCGAGCUGAUCACUGGGUGGUCCAAUGGAAAGAUUGAUGCCCGUAGUGAUCGCACUGGGGAGGUGAUCUUUAAAGAUAACUUCUGCUCCUCUGUAGCUGGAGUGGUGGAAGGUGAUUACCGUAUGGAUGGCAAGACCCAGCUUAUCUGCUGUUCUAUAGAUGGGGAGGUGCGAGGUUAUCUUCCUACCAGUCAGGAGGCCGCAGGAAGUCUAAUGGAUACAAGCGUGGAACAGGAACUGGUGAGAGAGCUCAGUCAGAAGAAGCAGAAUCUGCUGUUGGAGCUGAAAAAUUAUCAAGAAAAUUCAAAGCAGGCAGAGUCCCGGAUUUCACAGAGUGAGACUGAUGGGCAGAUGGGAGUAAUACCAGCAAACACACAGCUGCAGACUGCUCUUUCUGUGUCCCUGGGCUCUGAAACCCAGAAUGCACAUGUAGAACUAAGCAUUUCAACAUCAAAUGAUACAAUCAUUCGGGCAGUGCUGAUCUUUGCAGAAGGGAUCUUUGAAGGAGAAAGUCAUGUUGUUCACCCUAGCACUCAGCAUCUAAGUGGCCUGGUUCGUGUUCCGAUUAGCCCCCCUAAAGAUGUACCAGUGGAUCUGCACAUCAAAGCAUUUGUGGGUUACAAGAGCAGUGUACAGUUCCAUGUAUUUGAGCUGACACGGCAGCUUCCUCGCUUUUCCAUGUAUGUGCUAAGUAAUCCUUCCUCAGCACCAGAGACAUCCAGUUAUGUAACAUUCACCACCAGUGAGCGUUUGCAGAGGGUUGUUCUUUGGUUGAACCAAAACUUUCUGUUGCCCGAAGAUGCAGAAAUACAGAACGCACCAUUCCAAAUCAGCUUUACAUCGCUGCGUGAUGGAGGAACCCUCCUACUGAGCAUGAAAGCCAGUGGAGAGAUAAGCCUGCGAACAGAUGAUAUGGAUCUUGCUGGUGAUAUCAUCCAGUCUUUAGCUUCCUUCUUGGCUAUUGAAGACCUGGCUGUAGAAGCAGAUUUUCCUAAAUACUUUGACCAGCUUCGGAAGGUGCUAGUGCAGGUGGAUGAAUCUCAUUCUGUUCAUCAGAAGCUGACUGCAGAUAUGGCUGAUCAGUCCAAUCUAAUUCGUAGUAUGCUGGUACAAGCUGAAGACGCUCGCUUAAUGAGAGAUAUGAAAAACAUGAAGAAGCGUUACAAUGAGCUGUAUGACCUCAACAGAGAUCUAAUAAAUCGUUACAAAAUUCGCUGUAACAAUCAUGCAGAACUCUUAAAUAAUCUUAAAUGUGUAAACCAGGCAAUCCAGCGAGCAGGACGACUGCGGGUUGGGAAGCCCAAAGUCCAGGUGAUUACGGCAUGCAGGGAUGCAAUCCGAAGCAACAAUAUCAAUGCCUUGUUCAGGAUCAUGCGUGUAGGUGCCACACCCUCCUAGCCUAUGGCUUACACUUAUUACACUUUUUUUGAGCCUUAGAGGGUUUCUAUCCUAGCUUUACAUGAUGAACCCUUUCUGAUGUGCAUUUUCCAUCCAUUUGAUUUGCAGUUCCCUAGCCCUUGCACUACAAGUCUGAAGCAAAAUAGAAAGCGUGUUUUGAUGGUUAACUAGUUGUGAGACAUUUAUAGCUCCAGCUGCAGAACUGGCACUUUUCCUGACAAACAUCUACAAACCAUUGCAGAGCAAUGGCUGAUAUUAUAAUUAACGUUAUUUAUUUAUUACAUGUUGCUUUGUAUAGUACUAUUUUCCAUAAAAUGUUAGACUGAUUAAAUGA